AGUGUUAGAACGAGUUAGGUUGUCGUGUAGUAACCAACAGAAGGUUACGAGUUAAAAAAUAUAUAUGAUUAUUUGAUCGUCUGACUGGUUUUGCGUAAAGAGAAGAGAUAUGGAAUGAGUCGGAUACCACAGGUGCGAGUCUUGUGUUGUUUUUGGAGACAUUAUUUAGACAUUUUUUAUAUUCGUGGUGAUCGACGAGAUACCUCGCUUCACGCGGUCGUUCAACUCGCGAUGCUGGACAGAUCGCUGCAUCAUCAUGUUGCUUCCGAGUUAGCGAAAGAAAUCACAAGUUACACCAGGGGGGCAGUGAGUCGUCGUCAUUUAGCUACAGAGGCCACCCGACAAUUGCAAGCAGAAAAAGAGGGAUGCAUUGGCUACAUCUGUUGAUUUGGCUUGUUGGCACUUCAGUGAUACAUUGUCGCGCCCGGUGAUGUGAAUUAGGAAGAUCAGUAAGUGUUUACAUUGUAGCCUAUCACUUGUGUUUAUGCCUGGGAUUGGCGCGAUGUUCCUCCUAAUUUGUUGGGUGGGUGCGAUCGUAAUUAGCCAAUAUUUUGAUUAUGGGCACAGUGGCUGAAUUUGGGAUAAAUAAAAACUAAAAAGCAUUAUUUUUCAAACAAUUUUCCUGUGAAACAGGCUAAUCUAUCCAGACCUAGCCUACAUCGUAAUCAUCUGGAAUAUAGGCAGUUCAUGUGUACUGUUAUUGACUCCAUCAUCAUCAAAUGACCUCUUGGACUUGUCAAGGGAGUGCACAUGUUUAGUGUCUGUUGGAUUACACAAUUUGUGUAGGAUAGGCUAUCGACUCAGACACCGGACUCUGCUCGGAUUAUGAUCAUGACCCUGGAAUGUAUGUAUAAUCGCCAAAGAGAUGUUGACUCUAUUGAACUAUGCUGGUGACAUUUCUCCUAAACUAACAAAUAGUUUACAUAGUCUUGUGUUGCUGACUCUUGGAUAGGCUACGUAUUGAUUUUAGUGGGUAAUUGUGCCACUGUCUCAGUACUUGGUCUGUUUUAACCACACAAUGGAAUACAACAUAAAUAGCCUAUCUAAAUGGGUUGCAAAUGGGUUCAUUUCAAAGUUCCGUUGCAUCCUAUGUGUUCCUGACGCGUGAGUAAUCAUUGGUCACAAUCCACUCCUGUAACUGCAUCCACGUGGAGUUCAUGUAGGUCUACUUGAAAACUUUGGGUCGAGGAAACUUCCAGCCGUGACGCACAGACGGCUCCCUCUGCUGUAGUCCUGCUGCAAAAAAGUGACAGCUUUUUAUUUUUGCUGUCAUACAGCGAAGAGGUAUUGACUCAAUAAAAUGGCCGGCGACUGCAACUAUAAGAUGCAUUAUGUGAAUGAUGACACAUUUUCUCCAUCCAAACCUCUACUGGACCAAGUGCGGGUGCCCGCGGGGGAGCCCGACGCCCCCAGUGUUCUGCAGGGGCGUGGGUCCGUUUAUUGCUCGCCAAACUUUGACAUGAUUGAUGGGCUGCUGUACCGUAAGAAGUUGGAGAGAGGUUUCAUCCACUACCGGGAGGUGCUAGACGAGGACCGACGACUCGGGGCGAUCGCCACUUUCCACCGGCGGCGGCCAGGCAUGUGCCACCACUCCCUGGAGGAUACGUACAGAUCAGUGGCCGAGAACUACUGGUGGGAGGGGAUGUACUUCCAGAUCCGAGACUUUGUCCGGGGAUGUCCAGCGUGCCUGGAGCAGAGGAACAAGAGACCCAAGAAGCGUGUGGGUGAGAGGCGUCUCUCUCAGACGAUGAUGUCACACAGCCGAGACAUGCUGAGUAAACUGAGGAGCCAGCGGGAGGCGGGGCUGUUCUGUGACAUCACUCUGAGGACUGACGGGUGCUCUUACUCCGCCCACAAGGCGGUGCUGGCAGCGGUGAGCGAGUACUUUCAGGAAUUAUUCACUGAGAUGGACUCCGCCCCUAGCUCCAGGUCUGACAUCGACCUCACAGGUUUCAGUGAGUCUAUCCUGAUGUCUCUGCUGGACUUCUCCUACUCCUCUAUUCUGUGUGUGUCUGAGGAGGACCUUCCAGAGGUCAGCACUAUGGCCCGUCACCUGGGCAUGUGGCCUGCCGUGGAGGCCUGUUCUGCCCUCCAGACGGAGCAGGGCUAUCACGCCGCCCAAUACCCCACCAUGGAGCACCCUGCCCUGGGCUUCUCAUCGCAGAUCCCUGGAUCUCCCCUGGAGCUCCACCACAACCAGAGGAACAGGAGGAAGAAUAGGGGGUUGGCUGGAGAGGGCAGGGAGAGGGUGGCUGAGGGUAGAAGGGUAAGGGGUGUGGAUGAUGGCUUCAGACAAAUUCUGGAUCAGUCCAAUGAGUCGAGGGAGGAGAGCCCGACCAGGCGGUCACCCCGUCGCCCCCCCGGACCCAGCCCCCUCCCCCUAGGGCAGAACGGUCUCCCCCUCAGCCCCACCCGCAGGAUGAAGCUCAUGGACUUCAAAUCUCCGUCUUGUAAAAUAUCUUCUUCACCUCCAAAAAACGUAUUCUCCAACCCCCGCUCCCGAAACACCCAAUCUUCCUCCUCCUCGCCCCACACGCGUCUUCUCCGCUCUACUCCCGGGGCCGCCCAGGAAGUUCAGAGACUGCUUCCCAGGACAGAGAGCCCUCAUCGGGGCCGAAAACCUCACCCUGUCCCCCAUCCUGCCUCCACCUCCAGCUCCUCCACACAGAGGGCUGGCUCUGAGGCCCCCAUAGUGAGGGUGAAGCAGGAGGAAGAGGGGGAAGAGGAUGAGAAAGAUCAUUUCCGAGCGCUGGAGAAGUACCGCCUGAUGAGCGUGCUCGGGUUACAGAGGACGUCCCUCCUCCCCAGACCAGAGGAUCUGAUUGGCUGGAGGCAGAAAAAACGCCUCCGGAAGUUGAAGGUCAAUAACUAUUCGUUGACCAAGAGGAGGAAACCUCGCCUCCAGGCAUCAGGGGGGCUUACGUUCGGGGGGCCGCCCCUGUCACUCCCCCUAUGUACCCCUGCCAAAGCCCACUUCCUGAGCAGGAUCAUAAAAACGGAGCCUGAGUAUCCAAUCAGCAUGGAGAGACUGAAGAAACCCAGGCAGCCCCGGCGGUUUCCGCCCAGUGACAGGAGCUUGCGCAGUAAAGUAGUGUUACCAGACCUGCUGCAGCCCGUGUCCAGGCUGGUCUACGGAGGGAGGGAUCUCAGGCGCUCUGUCAGGGGUGUUGAGGCCAGCCACCCCCCUCCACCCCUCCCACCCCGUUCUGGGAACACAAGAGUUCCAAAUCCCAAGAGGAACGUCUCUACUGUCAGGAUCAAACCCGAACCUGCAGACUAUGCCAUCUCAGCACCAUCCAUCCCCUCAGAUGGCCAACGCCCAAACCCACACCUCUCCUCUCCCAGGGCCCACCUCAGGCACAAGGUUACCACAGAAACUGUCAGAGCGCUCCGCUACAACAGCGGGCGUCCGAUGGCCAAAGAUAAGCUGAAGCGGAGUGGCAUGAAAGAGGCUGGGAGAGCCCAGCGUAAGCCCAGAGAGGAGAGCAUGAGGACCGGGAGCAGCCAAGGAGUGAGAAGGAUCAUGGAGAGAGGGCCUGGAGGUAUGAGCAGCAGGGAGACGAGCAGCAUCCUCAGCCCUGAUCCUGUUCCUCCUCCCAUCCACAGCCAUCCUCUGUACAGGGUCAUCAAGGAGGAACCAGCAGACCCUCUACCUGUGGCGGGGUCCUUCCCCGAGUCACCCUCCCUGUCCUCCUCCCCAGAGCUGGGCAAAAGGCAGAUCAAGCCCCCUGUCAAGCUCCUAGACCCAGGCUUCCUCUUCAGCUUCUGCCGGCCGGCAGGAGGGCCCAUGUUGGGGGUGAAGAGGGAGGAGGAGAGUGUGGAUAUCUGCCUAACACGGUCGGUCUCAAGGGUAGAGAGAUUUGGUUCCGGGGGGGCCCCAGCCAGGGUCCUGAGGGCCAGAGGAGGCCCCCCCACUCUCCACAGGGUGAAGAAAGAGAGGGAAGAAAGGAGUGUAAGCCAAAGUCCAAUCCAGAGGCAGGGGCCACCAAGGGCUGUCAACUCUCACCAACACAAACCCCCCCACCUGGAUAGAGCCACAGGGUCAAAGGGUGCUUGCGUUGCACGGGACAUACCAAAGAAGCCAGCUAAGCCCCUGCCUAGCCGAGGCCCUGCCCUGUUGGACUCAAUCUGCCGGACGAGGCUAAAGCAGCUGCGGGGUCCUCGCAGUCAGGCCCCCAAGGACAAGUCAUCCCACGUCUGCCUGCAGUGCCGGGCAUCCUGUAAGGACUGUAACGCCCUCAUCAUGCACCGCAUCAGGCACAUCGAGGGCAAGCACUGGCCCUGCCCUCUGUGCAAUAAGACAUUCUUCAGGAUGAGGAAUGUGAAGAACCACAUUCGGACCCACGACCAGAGGCUGUAUAAGUGUCGCAGCUGUUUGGCUGCAUCCUGAGACCUGACUGGGGAAGGAGGGUUGAAGCUGUCUACAUUGACUGACGGGAUGAGGAGAGGCACAUUGUUAAACUGCAAGCUUGUAAAUACAAAGCAUCAGUCCACAUCCAAACACAAGUCUACCAGGAGAAAUGUAGUUACUAUUACGAUGAUGAUUAUGAUUAUUGUAGUAAUUCUUGAUUGGUAAUGUUAUUUAAAAAAACAGAACUUAAUUUCUUGUUUGCAUUUUAGGUAGCUACAGGGGUUUAAACUUGAAAAUUCACUCAGGGGGUGGGGAACUGUGAGGUCACUGUAUUUAAAUGGUCGACGACAUCACAGUAUGUAAAUUAGAAUGGAAAUGAUGGAGAAUUAUUAUGAUAAUGAUUACUACUAUUGCUAUCAAUAUUUUUGUAUGUAUAGACUGAAUCUGAGUGCACCUAUACCAUAGCUUUGUUGUAAACCUAAAAUAAGUUGAUGUAAAACGGAGGGGUAGCGGGAGAGCAGUCCCAGGUGGAAAUACUUGAAGGUUCACAGGGGUCGAUUUGGAGAUGGAAUUGGAGAGUGUUUCUUAAAGUCUGUAGACGAGGGGGGUUGUUGGGUUUGGUCUCUUUGGUGUUCAGAGAUGGUAUGAGUUGGCUAGUAUCGCCUCAUGUAUCGGUUCUCUAGUCUAACCUUUGUCCAGGGUUAGGGUUUGGGAAAGGGGGUUAGGAGGGGGGAAUAGGCCCAAUCACAAAAUGACCCCUAAACACCAUGCCCUAUGCACUUGUGGAGAUCGUAGCACAUUUGAUUGAUUGAAGCAGUAUGGAGAAACUUCCCCAUAGUAGAUCAAAUGGAAAGGUAGAUGUAUUAUCAUAUUGCUUACACAUGUCAUAUCCUCUCAGAUCUCCAUAAGUGCAUAGAGUCUAGGGGUCCAUUUGGGAUUGGGCCCAUGAGUUAGCUAGUUUGGGGUAAGGGGGUUCUAUGACAUCCCUGCAUGUUUGACUGCAGGUCUGUUUCCUCCCCUUGUCUUUUCCAAUGUUACUAUAUGUCUAUGAAAGGGAAAACUGUCAUGUCUAAAUGUGAAUUUGUAAAAUUACUUUCUCAAUACUGAACUUUGUUUCUGGAUUAUAUACAGUUAUUUUAGCUCGGUAGUCCAGAACGUUUUAUUUGAAAUGAUGCAAUGACUACUAUGGGGUUAAAGUGCAUACGGCCAGCUUUCAUUUGAGGGUAUUUUCAUCCAUAUCAGGUGAACAGUUUAGAAAUUACAGCACUUUUUGUACAUAGUCUCCCCCAUUUUAGGGCACCAAAAAUAUUGGGACAAAUUCACUUGUGUAUUGAAAAGUUUAGUAUUUGGUUCCGUAUUCCUAGCAUGCAAUGAUUAUACCAAGUUUGUGACUCUACAAACUUAACAUUUGUGCGUCUAACGUUCACUAACUAUUAUUCACGAUUCAUUCAGAACUAUUCGUAAUCAUGGUAGAAACACAUUUAAAUUUGAUACAAAAUGAUACAAUACAUUAUUUACCAUUCAUUUCUAUUGGGCACAAAAUAAUCUGAAACAAACAAAACAGCAAAUGAAUCCAACAAGUCUGUAGAGCAGGGCUGCCCAACCCAAGAUUUUCAGUCCAACCCUAAUUUAGCAUAUCUGAUUCAGCUGGUUAAGGUGUUGUUGAGCAGCUAAUUAGUAGAAUCGGGUGUGUUAAAUUAGGGUUGGACUGAAAACCCACAGGAUCUCCAGGAAGACGGUUGGGCAAGCCCUGCAUGGUGUAAUCAUUACGUGCUAGGAAUAUGGGACCAAAUACUAAACUUUUGGUGCCCUAAAAUGGGAGGACUAUUUACAAAAGUGGUGUAAUUUCUAAACGGGUCACCUGAUAUGGAUGGAUAUACCCUCAAAUUAAAGCUUCCAGUCUGAACUUUAACCUGUCAUUGUUUGAUUUCAAAUCCAAACUUCUGGAGUAUAGAUCCAAACUAAGAAAAAUACUGCAAUAUCCCAAUAAUGGAGGGCACUGUAUAUGUUUCUCCUUUUUUUAAUUCAACUAGGAUGUUUGGCCUUUAAAUUGUUUUUUUUCUUCUCAUAUUUAAGAACCUCUCUCGUACUGAAUGCAACGCGUGCACAUACUAUGGAGACAUUGAAGAUGUUCCGAAUUUGAUUGGAGGUCGGAUGAUUCACACUCUCCUUUUGGUUCUGUAAAAAGAAUGAUAUGGAAUAAAUGUUUGCCUUUUACAUUUUUGCCUUUCCUGUUUGAAAUUAGAAUAGUUGUUCACAUUUGUUUCUUGUCUACUGUACAGUUUCAGCAGAAUACAGACAGAGCAGCUAUAUAAACUGUGGGUACAAAACAUUAAGGACACCAUCUCUUUCCAUUACAUAAAUUGACCAGGUGAAUCCAGGUGAAAACUAUGAUCCCUUAUUGAUGUCACUAGAUGGAGAGGAGACGGGUUAAAGAAGGAUUUUUAAGCCUUGAGACAUGGAUUGUGUAUAUGUGCCCUUGGGUGUGAAUGGGGAAAAACUAAAUGUUGAAGUGCCUUUGAACUGCACAGCUGCUGGGUUUUUCCACACUCAACAGUUUCCCGUGUGUCAACAUUGGCCAGCAGCCUUGUGAGGGGGAGGUGGUGGGGGUUUGUAACUAAAUAUUAGGAAGGUGUUCUUAAUGUUUUGUACACGGUGUAUCACACUUCUCAUUCUUGAGAAAUGCAUGUUUAAUUAAUGCAUCAGCUUGGACAUGUAUUGAAAACCUUAGGGAUUCACACAGUUACAUAAAAUGAUAAGUAUUCUACAUAUUUCAGGCACAUCUUCAUGGUCCUACUAACCACAGUCUGUGCUCAUCCAGAGGGUUAGGAGGAACGAUAGAAGGCAGGAAUCGACCAGCGAUGGUCACUAAUCCAUUUACUGUGCCCAAACAGCACAUAAAAAGCAUCUGCUUCUCAUUCAAACAUAAUGAUGUGAUGUCACCGGUGUAUUCAGAAUCAGAUAUGUAACCAUGACUGGCGUAAUCCCAAGGACAUUACCAUGCAGUACCUGAUACUACCACAAGAUGGCAACCAAUACUAGGUAGUAAGAAUUGGCUGUGGGUGCCUCUGCAAAAUAAUGAAAUCUUCCAUCUUUACUCUUUGAAAUGGCCCCCUGUAGAUCUGAACUUUGGAUAGGUGUAUGUGUCAAUAAUAUGGUCAUACCUAAUAAACAACAGACUUGCACCAACCCAGUUCUUUCAGAUCUGAAAAGGCCCCUUGUCAAUGGUCCAUCAGGAAGUGUCUAAGGCAAGGGGAUUAUUUCAGACUGGGUAUCAGACAGUAUCAGUAAUAUAGUCAGCCUUCACUCAGUGGAUGUGUAGUGUAUAGGUGUUAUGUAAAUAUUGCAUGUUUAUGAAAAAAAUUCACCAUCAUGUUGCAACCGUACCAGAGAAGGGACAGCAUAGCGUGCAAAACUGUUUAUAAAACUAUUUGUUCAUUUCCUCCUGAUAACAGCACGACAUUAUACCAUAUCAUACUUACUCAUACAUACUCACUUCUGGGUAAAAAUUAAGUACCUUACUGUGAUUGUUUUCAAUUAAAGUGGUAGAAUUUUGAUAGGACUGUCUGGGAGUGGUCUGAGUGUAUAGGAGAAAACAAGCUGUUAUUGGCAGAGAGAUUUGGAACUCUCUUUCACCAGGCAGGCCAAAACUCCAUCCCACCAAAACAGGCUAACAUUUCAGGCGGUCUUUUCAAUGAGCUCUUACACUAAAAGGGUUUUAUCAUAAUUUUUUUACAAUUUCAGAGUAUUAUUCCAAUCUCCGAGUAUAAUAAUGUAUAUAACACAGAGGGAAAUCCUGUUUUUGACUGCACUGGGCCUUUAAAUCUAGUAUAAAAAUGGUGUUGGAGACAAGAACUCAACUCUUCAUUGCAUAGACAGCAUCUUGUUACUGAUGGUAAGAGACUGAUUGUGGUUUCUUUCUAGUUGGGUGAUUAAUAUCUGAUGUGUGUGAGGAAUACUGGGUCUGGAGGGCUGUUCAAACUACAUAACUAUUACCUCUCUCUCCAUCUGAACAGAACCUACAGAAUCUACUGGGAUUUAUUCUCUAACAGUUCUACUUCUACUACUCAUCUACACUCUGAAUUACUCACUGAGGGGACUAUCACCAUGGCGAUGUUGACCAUCCUUCUGUCCUCAGUGCUGCAUUUGCUCUGGGCGAGGCAUGUAGUAGAGACUCCACCUCACACGUACUCCUCAUACAUUCAUUCAUUUUAGUUGUUGUACACUGUGAGACUUCAGUAAAAUACCUUGAAUGUGUUUUACAGAAUGAAUGCUGUAGAUUGCACUGCAUUAUUGGUCAAAUGCAGAAAUUACUGUUAUUAACUGUACUUGGAAGCCUCCAAUAAAAAUGACUCUAACAUG